AUGGCCGCGAACGUGCCUGUCAAUCCCAAACCUUUCCUGAAUGACCUGUCCGGGAGGUCCGUCAUCGUGAAGCUAAAAUGGGGCAUGGAGUACAAAGGUUUCCUCGUGUCUACUGACGCGUACAUGAACCUGCAGCUUGCAAACACCGAGGAAUACAUCGAUGGGCAGUUCACAGGGAACUUGGGAGAGGUCCUCAUCAGGUGCAACAAUGUGCUGUACCUCAGAGGCGCGCCAGACGAAAUGGAAACGUCCUGA